UUUUCUUUCCUCUGUUAACAGAUUUUCAGCUUUUUUUCUUUUUCGCCAAUGCUUGUCCCUAACAAAGUGAGCCUCGGACGCUCCCACAGUUGGGACACGUUAGGGGGGAAUGAGGGUCAGUGGGAAAGACCUGACAGCGUGUACGAACAGCAGGCAAGAGUAACAGGCCGGCGGAGCUCUUUGUCAUACGGAGAGGGAGGAGGGUGGUAUGAGCCACCACCUGGGGUGCGUCUUCCUGACCUCGAUUUGAAACGCGACCCAUAUUCCUACCAAGAUUCCCUUUACGGACAGGUUUACGCCGAGAGACACGACCCACGGGGGCUUAGGAAGGGCUCUGUGCCAGAUCUAAACCACUACGAACGAGUGCCCAUGGCUCAUCGAGGAUCCAUUCCACACCAGGACUACUACUCCCAUGACCCAGCCAUGACUCCUCGGCCACCGGAGGCCUUUUACCGAUCUGAGCAUCAGCCUCCGCUGCCUCAUCCUCUCAGCAGGUCGGGCUCACAUUUAGGAAUGACACCUGGGGCUCGUACUGCGUGGGAUCAAGGUCAGGUAGUGCGGGCUGGAUCUCAAGGGCCCCCAUCACCUUUACCUCCUCCUCCUCCUCCAAGCACUCAUGAAUUGAAUAGGGCAUAUAGAGAACCUGGUGCUAUAACUUCUGCUAAGAUAUCCCUUCGAGACCCCCCUCCUGCUCACUAUGGAAUGGAGCAGCCGUCUCCUCGGUAUGCCAGUGAGCCUCCGCCUCUGACAAGUCAGUCCGUUUAUACUGAUGCUAAUGGCCGCCCUCUGGAUCCGCAGCAGCAGGCUGCCACCUGUCUAGUGGUAGAUCCAGCCAGUCAAAGCAUGAUUAUGAGGCAAGAGACAGCCUCACCGUUAACCAUCCAGCAACAGCAUCAAUUACAGCAUCAGCAACAAAUACAGCAGCAACAGUUACAACAGCAGCAACAAAUACAACAGCAACAGUUACAACAGCAUCAACAAAUACAACAGCAGCAGUUCCAACAGCAACAACUUCAGCAGCAGCAGUUACAGCAGCAACAACUACAACAGCAACAAAUACAACAACAGCAAAUUCAGCAACAGCAUCUUCAGCAAGAACAGUUGCAGCAACACCAUCUGCAACAGCAACAACCUCAACCUCUGCCACCUCCGCCUACCAUGCCGGUCACUGACCCUAACCUUUCUAUGGCUGCACCACUUCCUGCUCCACCUACUCCAGUCCAUACUGCAGCAAUUGCCCCUGCUGCACCUCCACCUCUGCAAGUGGUUCCAACUCCAGCCCCUCCUCCCCCAGCUACUCCACUCCCUGCCCCUCUUCCCGCUCCUCCACCAACCGCCCCACAGACUCCUUUGCCGGUGGAUCCCAAGAAGUCGGUCGAUCCAGAGUUUCUUUCUCUGUUGCGAAACGAGGGCCUCUCAGAGAGCACCAUCUCCUCACUUAUCCAGCAGGGGUUUGACUCCACUAGCAUGCUGGCUGUCAUGGAGGAGAACGAUGUCCGCACAGUUGCCCCAAACCUCGGUCAGGCUCGUGUGCUGUCUCGCCUGGUCCACCAUUACAAGCGCCCAAUAGAAGCUACACCAGCCCCCUCCCAACCUCAAACGCCCAUGCGAGGUCGCUCUAAUAGCUUUAGCCAUCGCGCAGACAUCUAUCAACCACACCACCACCAUCAUCAUCCACCACAUACCCCACAACCUUUAGCAGUAGAUCCCCAACUAAUGCCCCCACCAACACCUGGGGCCAUGCAAACUAUCUCUCCGCGGAUGGGAGAAGUAAUCGGUAGAAGGCCCAGCAGUGCUCCCUCGCAGCAGUUACUGGAAGCCUCUGGAGGAUACCCGGGCCAACCCACUCGUUCACCAGGGCCAUACGCUGGAGCCCUCAUGCCUGUCCAAUCAAGACCCAUGUCAGCCUACUCUUCUGGGAUGCCAGGGUUGCCUAUGCCAGGUAUGCAGAUAAUGCCUCACCAGAUGACUGGGUCAAUGCCUGCCAUUGCGGGGUCCAUUCACUCGAUGCCAGGUAUGCCACAGCAGAUGCCUAUAUCCAUGCCUGCUUUACCACAGCCACCGCAACAGGUACCAAAAGCAUACUCUACCAACUACACAGUGCCCAUAGAGCUGAUGAAGAGGGACAGGAACUUAGUGCCAUUGUCACCCAUGCACAGCCCUCACCCUAGUCCUCAGCUGAUCCGAAAGGGUGGGGGACCAGGAUCAGACAAUGCUCUCGUUCCCGUGGGAGCACCCGUUCAAGGCCAAGGUGCCCUGGCUGCUAACCAGAAGCUAAGUCGACGCACGGGUCCACCAGUCAUCGUGUCGACUAUGGCAUCUCCAGAUACAAGUAUUCGGCCCCAGAUUAUGAACGGGCCUAUGCACCCGCGCCCUCUGGUGGCGCUGCUGGAUGGGCGCGACUGCACUGUGGAGAUGCCCAUCCUCAAAGAUCUGGCCACCGUGGCUUUCUGUGACGCUCAGUCCACGCAGGAGAUACAUGAAAAGGUGCUGAAUGAGGCCGUAGGGGCCAUGAUGUACCACACCAUCACCCUGACCAGAGAGGACUUGGAGAAGUUCAAGGCGCUGCGCAUCAUCAUUCGCAUCGGCAGCGGCUACGACAACAUCGACAUCAAGGCUGCCGGGGAGCUCGGCAUUGCAGUGUGUAAUAUUCCCUCAGCGGCCGUAGAAGAAACAGCAGACUCGACGCUUUGUCACAUCCUUAACCUGUACCGGCGAAACACCUGGCUGUACCAGGCUCUUCGGGAGGGCACGCGGGUCCAGAGCGUGGAGCAGAUCCGGGAGGUGGCGUCAGGAGCAGCCAGGAUCCGAGGAGAGACGUUGGGCCUGAUCGGAUUUGGUCGUUCAGGCCAGGCAGUGGCCAUGCGGGCCAAGGCGUUUGGCUUCAACGUGAUCUUCUACGACCCCUACCUCCAGGACGGCUUGGAGCGCUCGCUGGGCGUGCAGCGAGUCUAUACUCUCCAGGACCUGCUCUACCAGAGCGACUGCGUCUCCCUGCACUGCAACCUGAACGAACACAACCACCACCUCAUCAACGACUUCACCAUCAAACAGAUGCGUCAAGGUGCUUUCUUGGUCAACUGUGCACGUGGGGGUCUAGUGGAUGAGAAGGCUUUGGCUCAGGCCCUGAAAGAAGGAAGGAUACGGGGCGCCGCCUUGGACGUCCAUGAGUCAGAACCUUUCAGCAGUUUUUCCCAAGGUCCGCUAAAAGACGCCCCCAACUUGAUCUGCACACCCCACACUGCCUGGUACAGCGAGCAGGCAUCGCUGGAGAUGAGAGAGGCCGCUGCCACAGAAAUUCGCAGAGCCAUAACCGGUCGUAUUCCCGAGAGCCUCCGAAACUGCGUCAACAAAGAGUUCUUUGUUACCACGGCGCCUUGGGGAAUGAUGGAGCAGCAGCAGCCUCAAGUUCACCCGGAGAUCAAUGGUGCCGCCUACAGAUUUCCUCCUGGCGUGGUGGGCGUCGCCCCCGGUGGGAUUCCCGGACCUAUGGAGGGGUUGGUUGCCGGGGGAGUUCCCAUCGCCCACACCCUGCCCCCUGGCACCCAUCCGUCACAGGCCACCUCCCCCAACCAGCCCUCCAAACACGGCGACCCCAUGAGAGAGCACAUGACUGAGCCGUAGGACUGCUGCUGUAGCUGAGAAGAGGAGGAAACUAAAAAUUGAUGUAAACUAAAAAAACAAACAAACAAACCCAGCGACCUAACAACUCAACCAUCCGACUAUACGUACGCUUGAUUUCAGCCAUCCGAACCUACCAGCAGACUGCCUGCCGGGCAACGUUUCACACUUUUUCUUCUUCUUCUUUUUUUUUUUUUUGUGAAACCACUAAGUGAGGACAGUGGACGUUAAUACACAAAUGAGCUGCCGCACGGAUCUGAAAUCUCCCCUCCCUUCAUAUCUUUUAUCUUCAUUCCUUCUCGAUUUACACAAUACUUUUUGUUUUAGUAUAUUUUAGGGAGAUUUCCUCCUGACUUAUGGGACACGUUGACAGUAGCCACGUGCAGGAUGGAAACCCUCCCCUCAAGCUCAACAGGGCGACCCUGUUUCCUUCAGUCGCGCCCAUUUCAGCACAAACAUACCCUGUGUUUUGUUUUGUUUUUCUUAGACUUUCUUCUUUUUAUCCUAUAUUA